GGACGGGGUGGGGGAGGACGGGGUGGGUAUGGGGGAGGACGAAGAGGGGAGGACGGGACGGGGUAUGGAGGAAGGGGUAUGGGGGAGGACGGGUAUGAGGAGGACGGGGUAUGGGGAGGACGGGGUAUGGGGAGGACGGGGUAUGGGGGAGAACGAGGUAUGAGGGGAGGACGGAUAGUCUCCGUGGGUCUACUGUUGACAAAGAUAGUCUCCGUGUGUCUACUGCUGACUAAGAUAGUCUCCGUGUGUCUACUGUUGACAAAGAUAGUCUCCGUGGGUCUACUGUUGACGAAGAUAGUCUCCGUGGGUCUACUGUUGACUAAGAUAGUCUCCGUGUGUCUACUGCUGACUAAGAUUGUCUCCGCGUGUCUACUGCUAACUAAGAUAGUCUCCGUGGGUCUACUAUGGACUAAGAUAGUCUCCAUAGGUCUACUGCUGACUAAUAUAGUCUCCGUGGGUCUACUGUUGACUAAGAUAGUCUCUGUGGGUCUACUGUUGACUAAGAUUAUCUCCGUGUGUCUACUGUUAACUCAGAUAGUCUCCGUGUGUCUACUGCUGACUAAGAUUAUCUCCGUGUGUCUACUGUUGACUAAGAUUGUCUCCGUGGGUCUACUGUUGACUAAGAUAGUCUCUGUGUGUCUACUGUUGACUAAGAUAGUCUCCGUGGGUCUACUGUUGACUAAGAUAGUCUCCGUGUGUCUACUGUUGACUAAGAUAGUCUCCGUGUGUCUACUGUUAACUAAGAUAGUCUCCGUGUGUCUACUGUUGACUAAGAUUGUCUCCGUGGGUCUACUGUUGACUAAGAUAGUCUCUGUGUGUCUACUGUUGACAAAGAUAGUCUCUGUGGGUCUACUGUUGACUAAGAUAGUCUCCGUGUGUCUACUGUUGACUAAGAUAUUCUCCGUAGGUCUACUGCUGACUAAGAUUAUCUCCGUGGGUCUACUGUUGACUAAGAUAGUCUCCGUGUGUCUACUGCUGACUAAGAUAGUCUCCGUGGGUCUACUAUGA